AUGAAAGAAGAAGAAGGAGGCGAAGAAGAGGAAGAAGAGAACAGGCCUAGGUUAGAAGAGAAGGGAGAUGAGAAAUUGUUAUGUUGGAUCACAGGUGUUAUCCUUCUUGCAGUUGGAGUCUGGGGCAAGCUCACUCUAGGCACAUACAUCUCUCUCAUUGCUGAAAACUCCACCAAUGCCCCCUAUGUGCUCAUUGGAACGGGUACCACAAUCAUCGUCUUUGGGCUUUUUGGCUGCUUUGCCACUUGUCGAGGCAGCCCAUGGAUGCUGAAAUUGUAUGCCAUGUUCUUGUCCCUGGUAUUCCUGGCUGAGCUAGUGGCUGGCAUUUCAGGGUUUGUGUUUCGCCAUGAGAUCAAGGAUACUUUCCUUAGGACAUAUACUGAAGCGAUCCAGAAUUACAACAAGAAUGAUGAGCGGAGCCAUGCAGUGGAUAACGUCCAGGAAAGUCUGAGCUGCUGUGGCAUUCAGAGCUACACUAACUGGAGCACCAGCCCCUAUUUCUUCAAACAUGGCAUCCCUACAAGCUGUUGCAUGAAUUCCAGUGACUGUAAUACUCAGGAUCUGCGCAAUAUGACCGUGGCUGCUACUAAAGUAAACCAGAAGGGCUGUUACGAUUUGGUGACCAGUUUUAUGGAGACAAAUAUGGGAAUCAUAGCUGGAGUGGCUUUUGGGAUUGCAUUCUCACAGUUGAUUGGAAUGCUGCUGGCAUGCUGUCUGUCCCGGUUUAUUACUGCUAAUCAGUAUGAGAUGGUGUAACAAGUCUUUCAGAAGUGAGAAAUCCAGAGCCUGUCUCAAGAUCGGGAGCUGCAGAAUUCGAGAAAGACUGAAAAGAAUGUUAUAGCACACACUGUCUCUCGCCCGCCCGCACACCCACACACACGCAAGCACGUGCGCGCGCACACUCACACCCCGUCUCCUGAAGUCUGUCCCAUGCGUAGUGUACCAUCCUGUGAAGUACCGCAGUGCCGCAGAGAGUAGCCUCAACUGUUCAGCAUCUAGACCCGACCUCCAUCCUCAAGGCUCUGCGUAUGAUGGCACUGUACGUAUGUUCUUGGUCAUACAGUAGUUGCAUUGUAAGUUAACAAAGGUAAUUCAUUAACAACAGCAUUGAUCAGGCUGUGCAUGUAGUGACUGGAGGGCAUAAUUAGCCUUUCACCAUGGUUAAUAAGUGUUGCACACAUUCAUAUAAACCGGUAUAGGAAGUAUAUAUUCUUUUGGGUUCCUCUUAAUUUCUUUCGUUUAUUGCUUUACUAAGGUUUUCAUCCUUUCCCCCUUCCCUGCACCUGUCGCCCUACCCCAAAACCCAAGAAACCAGUAACAAAACAUAAAGAUACUUGAAAAUGAUGUUAAAAUGUUGUGCUUGAAGGGAACCAUUAUUCCUGAUGUUCUUCUACAUCUCUGAUUCUUACUCAGUGUUGUAUGCCUAGUGCGUAUCCCAGUAGGCUUUGUCUAGUGCAUUUUGCCUCUGAACCUGUGUAAUACUGUUAUUAAGCUGUGUUGUUGCUUACUGUGAAGGCAGUAAUUUUGCUUCCUUUAUUUUUAUUAGAUAGUUAUGAACUAAUUGAACUGUGCUGUACUGCGGCCUUCAUACUUUUUCCUGUUCUUUCUUUUUCUUUCUUUUUGCAUUGAAGUUGCAGCCACCAAAUACAUUGCUGAAUCAAAUCAAAAUAAAAACAAUAAAAAACCACACACAGAAAGCCAGGCAUAUGGAAUAUUUUUGGGGGAAAGCAAAAAUUUAAAACCUUUUUAAAAAAAAAUAGGACUUUUUUAAUAACGCCUCUGUCUAGCAUGCCAACGAGAAUGCGUUGAUAUUGUGAGUAUUUGUGAUAUACAUAUUAAUAAAUGGAACCAUUACAGAUUUC